CACGUAGGACAAAUGAAAUUUUAGGGUUCUAGGGAAGACGCCGCCAUUUCUAAGAGAAGUCGAUGGCGGCGUCCAAAUCGCCCGGCCGAUUCAAGCAGCGCAAUGCUAUCGCGCCGCAUUCGCAGCAAGCUAGUGCCAGGAGGAAAUCGAUCGAGGAGCAGCGGCGCGCGCUUCCUAUCACAAUCGCUCGGCAGAAAUUGGUGGACGAGGUCCACAAGAACGAUACUCUUGUGAUCAUCGGUGAGACUGGAAGUGGAAAAACUACGCAACUUCCGCAGUUCUUGCUUCGUGCCGGCUUUUCCAAGCGUGGAAAAAUGAUUGGAAUCACGCAGCCGAGGAGAGUAGCUGCUGUUACUGUGGCUACUCGUGUUGCGGAAGAGAUGGGAAGCGAGCUGGGACGUGAAGUUGGAUACUCGAUCCGGUUCGAGGACGCGACGUCCGACUUAACGAGGAUCAAGUACAUGACCGACGGAAUGCUCCUCAGGGAAGCUCUGCUUGAUCCUUUGCUUCGAAAGUAUGGCGUAAUUGUAAUAGACGAAGCUCACGAAAGAACAGUACAUACUGACGUUCUCUUGGGACUUUUGAAAGGCGUCCAAGCUAAACGCACAGAGGAGCAUGGACCAAAGAAAGAAUCGCUCAAGCUUAUUGUUAUGUCAGCUACGCUUGACGCGCAAGGGUUCUCAGCUUUUUUCAACAAUGCGAAGAUAGUCUACAUACAAGGACGGCAGUUUCCAGUGGAAAUCUUCUACACUUUUACGUCCGAAGCAGACAUCUUGGAUGCGUCAUUGAUAACGUUGCUCCAGAUUCAUACGGAAGAAGAACCAGGAGAUAUACUUGUUUUUUUGACGGGACAAGAAGAGAUCGAGUCUAUGGAUAGGCUGAUACACGAUCGACUGCCACGCCUCCCUCCAGGAUCAUUAAAAAUUCAAGUAGUUCCUAUAUAUGCUGCUUUACCCAGUGAGCAGCAAGUUAAAGCUUUUAUUCCAGCACCACCUGGAACCCGUAAGGUUAUCUUAGCCACCAACAUUGCAGAAACUUCUGUAACUAUUCCAGGAAUACGCUACGUCGUAGAUCCUGGUCUAGUAAAGUCCCGGUCCUACAAUCCUCGCAUCGGUCUGGAGUCGUUGAUAGUUGUGCCGGUAUCAAAAGCGCAAGCUCUUCAGCGAAGUGGUCGUGCAGGAAGAGAAGGACCUGGCAAGUGCUACAGAUUGUAUAUGGAGGAGACAUUCAAGCAGCUCGAGAACGCUACUGUUCCUGAAAUCAAGCGGUGCAAUCUUGCUAGCGUCGUGUUGCAGUUGAAGGCGCUGGGUAUUGACGAUGUUCUCGGCUUCGAUUUCAUGGACAAACCACCAAAGAUGGCCAUAUUGAAGUCCCUCGAACACUUAUAUAUAUUGGGAGCACUGACAGACGAGGGAAAGCUUUCAGAUCCAGUUGGUAUCCAGAUGGCUCGCCUGCCUCUGGAGCCUCUCUACGCAAAAGCCUUACUCAUCUCAGCAAACUUUAAUUGUAGCAAAGAGAUGCUAUCCGCUGUCGCAAUGCUUUCUGUCGAGUCAAUCUUCUUCGUACCAAAAGAUAAAAAGAAAGAGGCGGAUGCUGCAAAACAACGAUUUUUGAGCGGAGACGGUGACCACAUAACUCUUGUCAGUGUUAUGCGCGCCUUUACAGAUGAAGUAAAUAAGAGCGGAGGCGGCGUGGUUUCGAAGAAGCAAAUCCUUCGGUGGUGCAUCGAGAACUAUAUCAAUAUGCGUUCUCUAAAGCGUGCCGUGGAUAUCUAUAGGCAAAUCGAAGGUUGCAUACAAGCAAUUAACCUGCCUGUGGUUUCAUGUGGAGAGGACUUCACCAGCUUUCGCAGGUGUUUGGCAGCCGCAUUCUUUUUAAAUGCAGCCUGUCUACAGCAAGAUGGUACCUACAGAACGCUGGCAAACACUCAAGUUGUUUCCAUCCAUCCCUCCUCAAUAAUGCAUGGGAAGAAGCUGGAUUGCGUCGUUUUCAAUGAGCUGGUGAAGACGAACAAACAGUUCAUUAGAAAUGUGACGAGGAUCGACUCUCUGUGGCUUCCAGAGCUUGCACCCCACUUCUAUGGUACCCGAGAUGCGACGUAGAACCAACGUAUCUGAGACCUCGUUGUCUCAUCUUUACGUGGUACUAAAUUUACGAAAUGCGGCGUGGCGAGUGGCCUUAUCGUCACCGGAACAAUUUCAGGAAUUUAAAUUUGGGGUGCUGUUAGCUCUUUUGAGCUUCUGUCUUUCUCUUCGAUGGCUGAUGCCGAGAUCCCGUUGUUGGACGAAGAGAAAAGCUUCUCCGGGUCUGUAGAAGGAUGCCCCGGCUGCAAGGCCAUCCUCAUCGUCAGAGAAAAUCAUGGUUUUCCGAAAAAGCUUCUCUUCAUUGUGGCCAACAUGAUGCUUUGCAACUCGCUGCCAAUUGCCGUCAUCUUCCCGUUCUUGUACUUCAUGGUUCAGGACUUUCAUGUGACCAAGUCGGAUGCUGAUAUCGGAUACUUUGCUGGAUGGAUCGGCUCGUCUUUCAUGGCUGGAAGAGCUCUUACUGGAAUCUUGUGGGGAACUAUCGCCGACAAAUACGGCAGGAAACCCGUUAUCUUCUGCGGAAUCAUGUCAAUGUUAGGUGUUCGUUUAUCGUCUUGAUGAGAAUCAAGACAAGAACCUCAUUAAAUCGCUCUUGUGUGUGUUCUGCAGCAUUGUC